GCCCAGAAAAUCAAACACAGACCAAGAAAAAAAAACUGAGCAUCACCAAUAGAUUAUAAUGAAAAUAUAUCAUCAUGAAAUUCAAUAUCUCCACCAGGACAGAAAAACUGAUUCCCAAUUCAGAAAGAGCCAAACAAAACUAAAACUACUGCAACUGAAAACUUUGCAAAUUGUUUUGCUCAAUUGUUAAAGGUAAACAAAGUUCCUGGUUGAUUUGCAAACUGAAAACAUCAACAAAAACAGCACAGGAAUUAGAGAUAAUCAAUGAACCUCAUGAAACCUAAUUCCUGGUUGAAAAUGCUACACACACACUCCAAGGUCUAAUUGCAAUAACAAUUUACUUCCUUGUGUGUGUUUAUUGCUCUGUUGUUGUUGUUGUUGUUGGGUUUGCAUUCCUGGUUGAAGCUUUGACCUUACAAAUUGAGCCUUUGGAAACAAGAAAGCCAAGUUAUCAAGCAGAAAGUACAAUUAAUUUCAUCAUCUGAAAUGUCUCAAUAUAAAAAUAAUCGCAGGUAUCGUCUAUUAUUUGUCCAAAGAUGAACUGGAUAAGUUUGAUCAUGAACAUGGACUAGAACUACUGGAAUCACAGAGACAAACGGGCUUUUAGGUUCAAGCACUAGCAACUGUUAAACUUUAACCUCUGGACUUGCACCCACCAGUUAAUGAGGCCAAGAAAAUUGUCAAUGGUAUCGCCGACUAGAGGUGGACAUCAGAAUGCAUUAUCACCAAGUAAUCCGGAAACGGAAAUUUAAAAAACAAAAAAUCUAAUUAACUUGAUCACCGAUACAACAAAAACAAUUCACCUUAUUGAUUAACAAUAUUUCACAAUCAACACACUCACACACACACAUACACAUAUAAACACCUUAAACUCACACAAACACCAUCACUUACUUGCCCAGUUACACCAACAACAAUAACAUCAUCAUCAUCAUCAUCAUCAUCUCCAUCAUCAGCUGAUCACAAUUAAAUCAAAUAAUUGUUUAAAUUUCACAUUUUGACACAAAAACAACAACAACAACAUAAUCAAAAUCUAGGAAAAAAAAGAUUGAAAAACAAAAACAAAUCGAUAGCAACUGAUUAAUUAAAUUGAACACCAAGUAAAACAAAAAGGAUCAUCAUAAUCAUAUCAUCAUCUUAAUAGAGCAAUUAAUAAAUUAAUGAUAUUAAUUGAUUAUAAACAAAAACAAUUGUAUGCAUAGGUACACAGAUCGAGUGAUAAUCAAGUAAAUAGCCUGAAGGGGAAAAACAAUGUUUUUUAGCUGCUCAAGCUACACCAAUAUAUCAGUUUUCAAUGUAAUUUUAUCAAACUAAACCCACUCUCUUAUUUUUCAUUGUUUACCCACUACCAUCAUCAUCAUCAUCAUCAUCAUCAUUAACAUCAUCUCCAUCACCAGUAUGACCUUCACCCGUUUUCAUGAUGAAGAAAAAGUUUCAUCAAAACUUUAAGAAUAAUUAUAAAUCCGUAAUUCUAAUACAGAAAGAGACACUUACAUUCACUAAUCUCAUGAAUAUCCUAUCAUGAUCAUCAUCUUGGUGAUAUUUAUCAUUGGUUCAUGGGAUCAUCUGAAUCUACUGAUACUUCCUGUUUUUACCUAUGGAUUAAAUGAUUAACGCAAUUUAAUCAGUGAUAUUAAUCGUAAUUCAAUUCAACUUUUUCUCCCUUCUUUCUUUCGGAUUAGAAGUAAAACUUUUCCAUCAAUUCAACAACAACAUAUCAUAUUAUCAAUACAAUAUCGAUGAUGAUGAUUAUGAUUAUGAUGUCGAUCACCAAUCAAUAUCGAUGUGUUAUUAGUAAUUAAGCUGAAAAUUAUUGUUGAUUUUUUUUUCUUUCAACUUCUUUUCAAAUGGUUACCAUGGUUCCGUUCUGUGGUGUCCAGUGUGCUUCCUACUAUCAAACAUACAAAUCAACACUCUCACUCUCUCAGUCAUCAAGAAACAAACACCGAUAAUUAAUCAAAAUUAACGUAGUGACACCCAGAAAUUUAUAUAUAUAUCCAUCAACAACGCAUCAACAAUUAACUAAUCAUCAUCAUCAUAUUGAACAAAACUGUGACAAGUAACAACAAAAUUAAACUUUGCAAUUAAAACAUGAUUAUCAUAUCAUAUGGUUUAAAUAACAAAAUAAUAUCAUCACUAACAAUUAACACAACAACAACAACAACAACACACUCGCCUUUGCUCAUCUUUUGAGAAGAAACUAAAUCAAUCUAAUUAAUAAUCUAAUAAUUUAAUGAUAAUAAUACUUUAAACAUACAACACAACACGUAACCACUCACAUGAAUACCCACUCAAGAUUAUAAUUAAAAACUGACCGAAUCACUGACCGACCGACCGACCGAUUAACUGACAACAACACCAACCUAAUAUUCAACCAAUUUAAUUGUUAUUAAAUUAUAAUUGUUAAUUAUUAUCAUUGAACCUUAAUUAUUGUUAUUAAGGUUAAAUCACCACAAUGGAGUUGAUUUUAUUGUUUCAAUUUUUUCCUCUCUCUCUCUCUCUGCCAAUCAAUUCAAUCAACAAUUAAUCAACACUCAUCUUAAUCAUCAUCAUCAAUUUUGAUUUGUUGCUGUUGUUGUUGAGACGGUGAUGAUUUAAUGAAAAUCAAUAACUAUUAAUAAUAAUGAUUAACAAUUUGUUAAUGAUGAUAAAAAUUAAUGUUACAUGUAAAUAGUUAUAAAUAUAAAUAAGUGUGGUCUCUGUCUGAUUAUCAAUUGAAUUGUUUGUUAAUUAAUCAAUUAAACAGAAAAAAAAACAUCCUAAUCAAAUUGUUGUAAACACGUUGAUUGGGUGUGUAUGUGUCUGUGUGUUUGUGUGAUUAAGUUAAUUACAUUAAUCAAUUUCAUCAUCUUACUAAUUAACUGAUUAACUAACAACCAAAAAAAAAACUACACUUGAUGCAUAAUAAUAAUAUCAAUAAUAUUACAAUUUAACUAAUCACAAUUAAUAUGAAAAUCUUUAAAAAAAAUGAUAAAAGUUACAAUUAAUAUAAUUUAGUUAACUAAUACUAACAAUUAAUUAAUUACUCUCUCUCUCUCUCCCUCUCUGAUUGUAAUACUAAAACUAAUCUGUAAUGAUAAUCAAUUAAUAUAAAUCAAUUAAUCAUGAUUAAUGAUGAUCAUCAUUUAACUGUUUGCCUGAUUAUGAUUACAAUUAUGUAUUCAUUGAUAUAUUAUAUAUAUACAUAAUUAGUUAAUUAACUAAUUAACUAUUGAGAGAAUCAACAAUUUACAACAACAAAUCAUUUUUAUUUUGAUCAACAAACAACAAUUAACUUUAAUUGUCUUUACUUGUUUAACCCUUUAUGUUUACAAUUAACUUUUAAUUUUGCAUUUUAAACUUUUUUUUGUCUUUUUCUUCAUUUUUGAAACAAUUAAACAUCACAAUUAUUAUUAAUUAACUAAUUUGAUUGAAUUUAUUUUAAUUUUUCCCCAUUCUCCAAUCUGAUUUUGAUAAACUUUUAAUUUUUCCAUUUAAUUUGGUUUGUAAUCAUUUUUUUAAUCAUAAACAAUUAAAGGUAAUCAUUUUUAUUAACCAUUUAAACAAGAAACAAAAAGUUUUAAUCAAUUGGUGCCACAGAUUAUGAUUAUCAUUGAGAAACAAUUAACACAAAAAUUGAUUGUUAUAGUUAAUAUAUUUUGUUAAUUAUCAUUGCAAAAACUUUGAAUGUGCUGAUUUGAUUAGUUUCAUUUUUCUCGUUGGUUUGAUGGUUAAAACAAUUAGAAUUGAUUAGUUAAUUACAUUUAAUCAGAGAGCGAUGAUGAUGAUGAUGAUGACGAUUAAAACCUUGAAAAUGUAAUCAUUUAAUUACAGAAUUAAGGGUUAGAACUUUUCUUUUCUCUCUCUCAAAUCAAAUUCGAGAUUAGAUAUAAUUAUAUGAUCUCAUGAUUGAAUUGAAUCCACUUAAAGAAAUCGUGAACAUAUUAACCAGAGAUCAUCAUGAAAGUCUCAGAGUAAUUAAUCAAUGGAAAUGAACUUUUUUUCUUUCAAAAUUCUGUUUAAUUUGACAAUUCGAUUAGAUAAUCAGUUAAUCAUAAUGGUGAUGAUGAUUAAAUGAAAAGAAAAUUUUAGAAUCAAAAAGAAAACGAAAACUUUUCCACAAGUAAUUAACUUUAAAUUCACUCUAAUUGACACAAUACAAACACUCACACUCACACUCACACUCACGUUCACAUUCACAUUCAUAUGAAAACACAAUCACCGAGACUUUUAAUUGUAAUCAAAUUCAUGGAAAACAAUUAGUUAAUUGUAUUAUUUAUAAGAUAACCAAAAGUGUUCAAAUAUCUGUUAGAAGUACAAUUAAGAAAGAGAGAAAGAAAAUUAAGCAAACCAAUCAAACUAAUUACUGUCAAUUGGAAAGACUCAAAUCAAAUAUAUAUUGUAUCAUAAUACUAAUCAUCAUUGUGUAUCAUCAUUAACUAAUUGUUCAAGGAAAAACAUUUUCUUUCUAUGUUAAUUAUUAUUAUUAUCAUCGUUUCCAUCAUCAUUAAUCAUCCUCUCACUGAUCACUUUGUAAUCUUACAAUAAUUCAUCAAUAAUUAACACCAAGAAUUCAGAAUGCUGAUUGUGGUAAUAACAGAAUGAAAAAAAAAACAAACUUUUCCCAACAAUUUGCCUUUUCUUUCAAAUCGAAAGUUAGAAAACAAACCAAAACAAUUACAAUUAAAGACGAUUAACAAUUAAACACUUUAAUCAGCUAAUUAACUUUUAACUUUCGGUCAACAGUCAACAAUUAAUAUCAUUUUUAAUUGUUCAUUUGUCUGAUUAUCCUCUUGGUGGUUGACAAUGUUAAUCAAACGCUUUUGAUUUAUUAUUAGAAUCGUUUAUCAGUUCAAAUCAAUUCUGAUUGAUUGUUAGCCUGAAAAACUUUCAACUUGAUUAGAUUAGUAAUCAAUUUAUCAUCAUCAACAAUUUUCAAAACUCAACAAUCAAUCAGAAAGAAAAUUAUUUCAAUCAUAAAUCUUUCAAAUAAUUGAUUGUUGUCAAGUUUAAUUAAGUUUUUCUUUUCACCAAUCAUAUUGAUUUAUCAUCAUCAUUACAAUUGAAAUUGAUCAGUUUGGUUAAAUUGCAAACAAUUAAAAGUUAAUACAAUAAUGAUGAAGCAUUUUAAAUUAACAUUACAACAACAAUUAAUAUAUUAACUACAAAUAAUAUCUGUUGAUAUUGAGCAGUAAUCAACUUGAAAUGGUUAAUCACAACAAUUAAAGAGAAUGAGAAAAAUCAAUUUCUCAAGAUUAACAAUUAUCUUGAUUAGGUUUUCUCAUCCAUCGAUAAUCAAAGACAAGCAAUUAAUUAGUGUCAACGAUUGAUUAAGUUUUCAUCAAUUCUCAAUGAAAAGUUGAAAGCUUGAUUCAGUUAAUAUUACAAUCAAAGUUGUUUAUGAUUCAAAAUAAUUUUACACAUUGUAAACAAUUAAAAGUUAAUUGUGUCCGGUAAAUGGUUCAAUGAGUUGCUAAUUGUUGAUUCGUUUAAUUUUUUUAAUUACUGUGAGAGAAAAAUGUUAAUCAAAUAUCAAGUGAAACCUUGGAUUCUAUUGAGUCAUUUAUUUGUUUUAACGUUAAUUUCAUCAUGUCAACCUCACCCAUCAUCUAAUCACUCAACUGACCAUCACCACAACGGUCAGUUUAAUGGUCAACAUGCGAACCAAUCAUCAUCAUCCUUCAUCCCUCUUCCUCCUCCACCCAACAUUAUUGUCAUGCUUAUGGAUGACAUGGGAUUUGGUGAUUUAGGAGUCAAUGGUGAUCCUAAUCAUGAUACACCUAAUCUUGACUCUUUGGCCUCGGCGGGAAUGUUAUUGACCUCAUUUUACUCUUCAUCGCCCCUGUGUUCACCUUCACGAGCCUCCCUGCUGACCGGUAGACUGCCCAUUCGUAAUGGUUUUUACACUGAUAAUAUUGAUGGACGAAACUCUUAUACACCACAGGAAAUUGUCGGUGGAAUUGAUCAUCAGGAAAUCACUUUGGCUGAGCUUUUAUCCGAUUCCGGUUAUCAUACAGCUCUCAUUGGUAAAUGGCAUUUAGGUCAUAGGCCACAAUUUUUACCACGGCAACAUGGUUUCAAUACUUUCUUUGGAUCAACUAAUUGUCACUUUGGUCCAUAUGAUAAUAAAGUCCGACCAAAUAUUCCCAUUUAUCAGGAUGACCUGAUGGUUGGUCGAUAUUUUCAAGAUUUUAUCAUUGAUCGGGCUAAUUUUGUCUCAAAUUUGACACAAAUUUACACCCAAAAAGCACUAGAUUAUAUUGCAUCUCGAGUUGAGGCCAAUUCGGGUCCAUUUUUCCUCCUAUGGUCUCCCGAUGCCAGUCACGCACCUUCUUACCGAUCGACUCAGUUUAUUGGUUCCUCCCGACGAGGAUCACCUUAUGGUGAUGCUCUAGUUGAACUGGACUGGGCAGUGGGUCAAAUUGUCAAUACAAUCGCUGCCUCUCCGUUCACGGCUAAUAAUACUUUGAUUUUUUUCACCUCCGACAAUGGACCUGCUCUUGUCUCUAAAAAUGACGCUGGUUCAGCAGGUCCUUUACUUUGCGGUAAACAAACAACCUUUGAAGGUGGAUUUCGAGUACCUGGAAUAGCUUACUGGCCGGGGGUCAUCGAACCAGGUACAAAAUGGACUAAAGCAGUUUCUUUUGUCGAUCUAUUUUCCACCCUUGUUGAAAUUUCCAAUUCAUCUCUACCAACAGAACGACCAAUAGAUGGAUUCAGCUUUGCGUCCAGUUUAAUCAAUCCCAUGAACUUUUCUCAGCCAGAUAGACCAGUUUACUUUUAUCGAGGUAACCGACUUAUGGCCAUUCGUUAUGGACAAUAUAAAGCUCACUGGUUCACCUGGACAAACUCUUUAGCCCAAUUUUCAACGGGAAUCGACUUUUGUCCCGGAUCAUUUGUCCCUGGAAUCACCACUCACACUCUAUCCAAUUACACCCUUUCCCCUGCCCUUUUCCACCUAGGCCGUGACCCCGGUGAACGUUACCUGAUACCAACUCAUUCACUUGAGUACAAGAAAAUAAUUCCAACUUUUAAUUCAAUCUACAUUGACCAUCUCACCUCAAUGGAACCCGGUGAGCCCGCUCUCAAUUGGUGCGACCUUUCAGUGAUGCACUGGUCACCUCCAGGUUGCCAGGAACUGGACGAUUGCCUACCAAUACCACCAUCGAAACCUUAUAAAUGUGAUUGGCCUCAUUAACUGACCAUCAAGAAAAUACUGAUGACCUUUAAGAUGAACCAUUAACCUAAACCUAAAAGUGAAUGAAAAUCAUUUCCAUUAUGGAUUAAGGAUGAAAAUCUAAUCAUUUACAUUAACAAUCUCAUAAUUGAAUUACAAUUAACAUGCAUUAAACAUGAAAGGGAAAACCACCCACCCAAUUGAAUCAACAAUUAAAUCAACAAACAUUUCAUACAUUAAAUUAUAUCAAAUCAA